AUGAAGACAGCUGGUGUCUUCAUGGUCCUCACUCUGGUACUUUUAUGUUGCUUCUCAGGUGUUGCCACUGAGCCUCUGAAUCAGUUGCAGAAUGUUUGCAGAGCUUAUCCAAAACCAGCAAAGGGCCAAACCCUCGUCUGUACGAGUGUGUACAGGCCUGUCUGUGGCACCAAUGGUGUGACGUAUAACAACAGAUGUGAUUUGUGCCACGCAAAAUGGCAAACUGGAGGCACACUUAGCCUACAGCAUGAGGGAGCAUGUAUGAGACAGAUUGGUUGCAGUAAAUACCAACAAACAAAAGACCCACGCAAGAUAGUCUGCACACGGAUCUAUAAACCAGUCUGUGGAACUGAUGGUGUCACUUAUAGCAAUGAAUGUCUGCUGUGUGAAAAAAUCUUAAGGGGGUCUAACAUACGCUUGGCACAUCAAGGACAAUGUAAGGUGAAGGAUGACUGUGGUGAGUAUCAAAAACCACAAAAGGGUAAACACGUUGGCUGCGCAACGAUUUACAGACCUGUCUGUGGCACAAAUGGCAUCACAUAUAGCAACAAAUGUAACUUGUGUACAGCAAGAUGGAAAACUGGAGUCAACAUUGGCAUAAAGUAUGAAGGAAGAUGUAACCGCAAGAUCAACUAACGGAAGAAUUGGCAUAAAAUCGAAAAUAUUCUGCUUCAGUAUAAAUGAUAAAUUCUUCUGAUAGAGUUGUAAUUUGUCUUGUCCAUACAGCACUCCUGAUGGCAUUACCAUCUUG